AGAGUGAACUGAACCAGAGGCCGAUCGGAAUAUCUCGAAGGCCCGUCUCGCCCGCGAGUUCUCUUCCCCCUUGAUCGAACCGUUGCCGCCGGAAAGCCCUAGCGCUUCUGUUCGUCGCUCUUCGCGGUUAGGUAUUGCCGGCGAAGUCGUCGCUCGCAGCGGCCGCUGCCUGCGGAAUCUUUUUCUUGUUGAAUUGACACAACCAAAAUUAGGAACAAAAGGGGCAGAAAGGAUGUUACUACGAGUCAGUUGGGACCUGGCUAAAGCUGGCCUUGGUAGCAGAAAUCUCACCCUGUGGAAUAUGGCUUCCAAGCUUGGACUCUUGUCACUGAAGCUCUCCACUACUGCUGUCAGCAGCAACAAAGUUGUAGAUGCAGCUGCUCAAGAAGGUGAAUUUAGGGUGUUCAUAGUGGCUGGAGAGGUCUCUGGAGAUUCUAUUGCUUCUCGCCUAAUGGUAUCCCUCAAGAAGCUGUCUCCAUUACCAGUCCGAUUUGCUGGAGUUGGGGGGUUCUUGAUGUCUAAGGAAGGUUUACAAACCCUGUUUCCUAUGGAAGAAAUUUCAGUAAUGGGCUUAUGGGAAUUGUUACCACAUCUAAAUACAUUUAGGAAGAAGUUGAAAGAAACCACAGAAGCUGCUCUUCUUUUUCGACCACAUGUUGUAAUUACUGUUGACUCAAAGGGAUUUUCUUUCCGCUUACUAAAGCAGCUGAAAGCAAAAUAUUUGCUGGAAGACACAUGUCCUGUUCAUGUUCACUAUGUUGCACCAUCCUUUUGGGCAUGGAAAGGUGGUGAAGCUAGGCUUCAAAAUUUAUGUAAAUUUGUGGACCAUAUGUUGUGCAUUAUUCCCUUUGAAGAAGAAAUUUGCAGGUUGAAUGGAUUAGCUGCUACGUAUGUUGGUCAUCCAUUGUUGGAAGAUGCUCUAAUGCUUAACUUGGAAUCUGGUUUCAUGUCAAAUAAUUUGAAGGUGCAUAAGUCUGGUGAUGUUUUUCGUCGUGAACAUGGGAUACCUCCUGGAGCAACAAUUAUUACUUUACUUCCUGGAAGCCGACUCCAAGAAGUUAAACGUAUUCUUCCAAUAUUCUUGAGAACAAUAGAAAUAAUAAGAAACUCAUUCUCAGAGUUAUCAGUUAUCAUUCUUGUUGCACCAAAUAAUCAUGUGAAGGACUUGGUGGACAAGAUAAUCCAGUCAUCAUCAUUGCCAGCCAUACUUGUCCCUGGUGCAUCAUUAGACCAGAAAUAUGAGGCAUUCAGUGCAAGUACGGCUGCUUUAUGUGCUUCAGGAUCAGCUGUUAUUGAGUUGCAACUAGCAAGGCUACCUUGUAUUGUUGCAUACCAAACUCAUAUUUUGACAGAGUUGGUAAUUCAUUAUAGAACAAAGUUGAAGUAUAUAUCACUUCCAAACAUUCUUAUGAAUACAUCCAUUAUUCCAGAGGUCCUUUUCCGAAAUUGUACACCUGGGAAUCUAGCCACUAUCUUAAGUGAAUUGAUUCUUGAUAAGAAUAUCCAAGAACAACAAACUUCAAGUGCUGAAAAGUUCCUAGGGCUUCUCUGUCCUCCCAGUAAAAAUGUGAACAUGUUGCGUGGAAAUUUGUCAUCUGGAAUCAUUUGGUGCCCUAGCAUGAUUGCAGCCUCAACCAUAUUAUCCAUUCAGAAACAAAAGCGAGACUAGAAUCAAGUUUGUUUCAUUUCUGUUGUUA